AUGUGCCUUCGACCAAAUCUUCAACCUCCAUAUUGUGAACAGUACGAGGUCACGAGUGAUUCGAUAACUGUCAUGUCACCAAAAUUGAGGGAGACAGCGAUAUCGGAGCAAAGGCACCGAUCUUUGGUUUCGGAGGUGGAUGAGUCGACCGAUGAACUUGUCGAAAUUCCCGGACCUCAGAUAAUUCACCCGGUACUUAUCGAGUCACCACCUUCAUCCCAUAUCCAAUCGGAAAUGAAACCUGGCGAGCACAGUUCCGGAAGUGUUAAGGGUGAAGCAGAAUGGACGAGAAGCCCAACAACACCACACAUACCACUCAUUUCGCUGGACCGUCAUGAUAUCGAAGAUUUACCGCCAGACGCCUUCGAGGUCACCUUCCCACCUUUUAUCACCGUUGUACCGCGACUGUUUACUACUAUCGACAGUACAGAGAGAGGAUUGCUACCGAUUCGCCCAGUGGGGAAUGGAACACAAGGUAGACAGUCAGAAACUUUUGAAACCGCACCAACGAUAUUAGCAACUGAUCCUGUUGUUGAUAGCAACCGUCCUGAAGUGCUUCCAGAAACUUCUGAACUACCCCCAGUAUCGCCAACACAAUUUGUUGAAAAUAUUAAGCCUCUACAGAAAAUUAAACCAGAAGAAAUUGAUUUUGACAAUGAUGAACAAAUAGUCAAUCUUUUUCGACCUGAUGACGAUUCUAUCGAUAACAGAGUUGAACCGAAUAAAGAAAGUGAACCUUCUGAGAAGUCAGUAUCAACAGAUUCGUCGAUGCAAAGCUUAGCUUCGGAAGAUGAAAGAGAUUAUAUGACAUUGAGCACCACCAGUAAACCACUCUUCAUUUUUACCACAUUACCGAAAAAAAGGCCUAUGCCGACCAAACCAAAACUGAUACCAGCGCACGGUACAGCCUUUACAACAACGCAUGGCCCAUACGAUAUUCGAAACGAAGUUAAGAUUGAAGCAUCCAGCAGCAAUCUCGCCGUUAUUAUUCCGACAGCAAUCAUUGCAUUAUGGCUAUUAUUACUCGCAGUUAUAGCAUUGUUUUGCUGCUGCCGAAGGAAGCGAGCGGAACGUCACUUCAGGGAUAUGUACUUUCCUAAUCACCAGCAGAUCCAUCCUAUUACCACGACAUUUGCGAUGCGAAAGGAUUCGAAACAUUUCGAUGGUUCUUACGAAGACCAUCCAGAAAAAGCAGCCCGACUAAGCUCCGAGCUCAGUUCAUAUCAGAACGGUCGUGUGUCGCUGUACGGUUCCUAUUGGAAUCUAACAGGCAAUGCUUCUAGUAGUUCAACAAACGGUUUACCUGCCGGUAGUAGGCAGAGCCCGUUCUCACAGUACAGUGCACAACAGUUAAACACUUACUCUAGCAUAGUUGGCUCGCGACAGUCUCGAUUAUUAGCCUGA